CUCAGUUUGCUUGCAAGAUUCAUCGAGAUAAAAUGUGUCGUCGACGCGUGUAUCGUCACAAAAGAAAUUAAGUGUAUAUCUGUGUUAAGUGUAUGUUAUCCGAACAAGUGUACAUCUGAACAAUCGGAUUUUAACUUUUGUAAUUUGUUUGAGGUUAUAUUUUUAGUGGUGGUAUAAUUGUGCUGUUAUUGCAAUUAAAGAGAAAUUUAUUAGCAUUAUCGGAGAAAAUAUGUGAAUCGUGAAAGCAAAAUUUAUCGCUGCUGCUGGGAUUUUUAUUCACAUAAAAGAAAAGCGUAAGAAGCAGAAUUACACAUUGGUCAUGUUGAAUAUCAAGUACAUAUUAUUUGAACAAACUUUGACCGCUUGGGAAUAUUUGAAGAGUCGAGGAUAGAUGGAUAUCAUGUUGAACUAUGCAAUGAAUAAUAACUCGAAUAAAAUCAAGUGGAAUCUGAAAAAUCAAUAACUAUGAAAAUGUAAACUCUACAUGGAGAAAAGUAUCUCUUAUCGAUCCGUGUAGCAGCGGAAGCUUCGAAGUGAAAAGUUCUAACGACGAGCAAAAGAGCAGUCGCUCCCUUCGCAUCCGGCCUGACGGGAGUUGGAAAAAUUAUUUUUACUUCAAUCGUGAGUGCUUCGUCGCAGUUGUCCGGCGUUGCUUCAAACUCGCUGUUGUGAGCUUCUUAGAAGUCACAUCUUACAGUGUUUUUCUAUGACUCAGUGUGCCAUUUUUCCGCAGGAUCAUGAGACAUUUAGUGACCGUAAAUUUUGCGAUUUAAGAUAUAAAAUAAAAUAUUAAGAUUUUAUUUGCUUGAAGUGUUAAUAAAGUGAAUAGAAAUUUCUUAAGCAACAUUUUUCUAAGUUAAAUUUCGUGUUGUGGAAUUAAUAAACGCGAAGCAAAUGUCCAAAAUGUUACGAAUGGAAUUGGUGGGUCUUGUACUGUUGGCCUGCACGCAGAUUCUCACGGAGCACCGCGACUUUCACGAGUCACGACACCAGUAUGGUCAUCAUCAGCGAUUCCACGAUCCCCAGGAAAGAAUGACGAGAGAAGUCCGCGUCAAGGAAGGCCGAUUGCGCGGUGUGAUUGUCCAGCCGAGAACCAAUUAUAAUAUGCAGUUGGUCGACGUCUUUCUCGGAGUUCCUUAUGCGGAGCCUCCGGUGGGAUCCUUCAGGUUUUCACCGCCUCGCUCACCGCAGCCAUGGAGAGGGGUACGGCAGUCGCAGGAAUUUGCCCCAGUUUGCCCCCAAGUCUUGCCAAAUCUUCGAGAGGAAGUAAAGCCAGGCAGGUACGAGUACCUGGAGAGACACCUACCGUACUUGAAGAACCAGAGCGAGGACUGUCUGUAUCUUAACAUCUACGCUCCUCAUCAAGCCGAAGGUCAGAAAAAUCUAAGAAGGUAUCCAGUUAUGGUGUUUAUCCACGGCGAAAGUUUCGAAUGGAACAGCGGCAACCCUUACGACGGUACUAUAUUGGCGGCUUAUGGCAAUAUUGUUUUUGUUACAAUUAAUUUUCGUCUUGGUAUCUUAGGUUUCCUAAGACCUGGAAUUAAGGACGACACAGCGAGCAAUUUCGGGUUAUUAGAUCAAAUAGCGGCUUUGCUCUGGCUAAGAGAAAACAUCGCGGAAUUUGGCGGUGAUCCUAACAGUGUCACUUUAGUCGGUCACGGGACUGGAGCUAUUUUUGCUAAUUUACUUCUGAUCAGUCCAGUAGCCAACAAAAAAGGUCUAUUCAAACGGGCUAUUUUGAUGUCUGGAUCAGCAAUGAGCGCGGACGCUAUCGGCAAGGCGCCACUGCAAAUCACCAAGCAGGUGGCACACGCUCUCAACUGUCCUACUACUAGCGACAGCGAACUGGCGCUUUGUUUGCGCAACCAGGACGUAGACACGCUUCUACACGUGAAAAUUCACAAGCCGAAAUACGUGCCAGCCUACGCGCCCUUAAUCGAUCGCGCCGUCAUCCCCGACAAGCCGCUCAAUUUAAUGGAGAAUGCGCAACUUUUCGGCAGGUUCGACUUGAUGUACGGCGUAACAGAAUCAGAGAAAUUUCACAUCCUGCCACCAGUUGCUUUGUUGCACGGCAUGCUUGAUGGACAACGAGAUGAGAUCCUGCGAGACUAUGCCAAAGCGACUCACGAGCUGGAGCCGGAACUGAUCCUGUCGAAAGUUUUGGAGCAAUACGGCGACUUCUCAAGCGGAUUCACGAAAGAGUACGCUACGAAAAAUCGGGACAUGGUGCUAGAGGCGCUCUCCGACAGCGGCACCGUGGCGCCAUUAAUAAUGACUGCCAAUUUGCAUUCAAAGGCGAACCCGAAGAGCUACAUGUACGUCUUCUCGCAUCCGAAAGCUAUGCAAGACUACUCUGGCCAACAACGUCAACAUACCAUGCAUGGGGAGGAGUUACCCUACGUACUGGGUGUUCCAUUGGACGGCGGUAAGUACGACUUGCGGGGUCGAUACGACAUCAGAGAGACACUGUUUUCGGAGGCCAUUAUGAACUGGUGGUGCAGUUUUGCCUAUAUUGGGAACCCCAACGUCGCCAAGCGGUACCCCUACCUGACUAACGGGUUCAAGGAAUGGGGCCAGUACGAGAUUGAGUGGCCAGAGUACGACCCUGUCAAUCAGACAUAUUUCAACCUAACUAUACCGCCUAAUAUAGGUGCGCACUAUCGUUUGACGGAGAUGCAAUUCUGGAACGAGAAUCUACCUAAUCUGCUCAGGUACCCGAAUAAAGACGUUUCGGAUCCAACUCGACUGAGAGGACCUCGACCGCAGAUUCUUGACUUUGCCGAUGGAGUCGGCAAAUAUGCUAACAAUACCUCCAACCAGAAAUACGAAAGCUACAAUGCCAGCAGAUACACAACUCCGUCUAGCGUCACGAACUCUGGUGCAGACAAGUCGCCGUUUUCAAUCGUGGCUACAACAAGUAGAAAAGCCAACGACGUAGAGAAUGUAGAAUCGACGGCCGAGCCAAGCGCGUUAAGGAGCUCGUCGGUGAUGAUGAUAGUGAUUGUCUUCUUCGUUGUAUUUAUACUGAUAAACUUCACGGCUUUUUUAUACAUCUACUAUAAAAAGCAAAACAUGAAAGGGAAGGAGAAACCGUUGAAGAGGCGAGCCAGCGAGAAGAAAGACGACUCUGUCAAGAAGUCGAAGACUGAUAAACACGAGAACCAUUACGGCCAGAUAGGCUACAAAAGUGACAGCAAGCCAGAUUUGAACGAUGUGAUAAAGAAUGACAAAGCGUACGAUAACAACUCUAACUUCGGACGCAGGUCGAAGCUGUCGAGACAAAACUCAAGCUCCACUAUUGAUACUCACAUCAAGGUUCGAGAAUGGAUUCAGCAGGAGAUUGUGCAUAGAUGUUCGCCAAGGUUUCUGCGCAAAACGCGGGAAACAUUGCAGAAGGAGCAUCAGGAGAAACUGAGCAAGCAACAGCAGGAAGAGAAGCAGCGCAUAGAGGAGGAAGCGCUGAAAGAGAGAAAAGACGAGCCGAUCUACGACACUGGUCCGGCGCUGGUGGUGCGUCCUGGAAAGAAAUCGAAAUUACCGAAGGUUUCUGUCGCUAUCGACGCCACGCCGGCGACCAGAACGGAGUCUGUCUUAAAUCAGAUGCCGAUCGAGUUGACGAAAAGUAUCGAAGCAACGAAUGAAUACGCGCCGAAUCUAGAUCAGCUUAUUGCGCCUGAGGUGGUUGUCAUCGAGCAUCAUCAUUCCAGGAGCGAUCCUUUGCCGAUGGAGAACAUCCUGAAUAUGAUGAAACCGAAUUUCUCCACUCCCAGGAUUCACGAGUCGGAUUCAGGAAGUGCAAAUAGCCUGUAUGCCAGAAUUAAUCCUAAACUAAAAUCUCGUCUGCCUCGCCCCGGCCUGGGAAUGGAAGUGCCGUCGUCCGAUCAAUCUAAAUACGAAAAUCUUUCCGAGGAGAUUUAUGUGCAGAGCGGAACAAUCUUGACGACCUUCGGCGUGGGCGACGUAAAUGUCACGUGUCGGGAGCCGAUCGUGGAGAGAGAAUGCAUCAGUCCGGAGGAAGCUCUAAGGACGAUCAAACGUCGAAACUAUCCCAAAGUGCUGCCGGAUAUCGAGAAGAGACGAUCACUUCCGGCACCGAGUAGCCUCUUUGUGCCGAAGCAGCAUGCGAAUUCGUUAAAGGAUUACAAGAGCGGGAAUCGAGUGAACUUGUUUUCGAGUCAACCGCCGUUACCACCUCCAAGAAUGUUCGGGCCCUCGAAGAGUCUCGAGAAAAGCGAUUUCUUCGCCGAAGAAAACGAAAACCAAGUCGAGGGCGAACCGAUGACGACGAACCUGCAUGUGGGUCCAUUGCUGAAGAAGCAAGAGGCCGCGAAGAACAAUUCUGAUCCUAGCAUAAUAGACUCCCUGGAAGAAAGCAGGAAUGUUCAGGCGGGUGGAAGCGUGGAUACCAUUUAUGCUAAUCCGAAGUGUCCACUUCACGGAGGUCAAUAUCCGUUCUCGCCAACCUCGCAGAGCGUAGACGAGGACAUCGGUAGGUCCACUGGGCUUCGAGAGGCAGGCAAUCCAAACUGGUACAAACCGGGCGAGUCCUCGGCCAUUAUGGCAUCGACCGCCUCGGAGCCUCAAAUCAUGAUUGGUGCGGACGAGAAACAAUUAAGCGCAACGUUGCCAGCAAUGGAACCAAAGAUCGUGAUCACACCGAGAUUAAUUAAUCCGAGUUUACCAGCGCGCUCCGAGAACAAAAUCGAGCACGAGUCGAGGUCGGCUGAAGCGGGAAACCGCAGUGGAAACUCGGAGAUGUUGGAAGCGGAAAAGAGAGAGCCGCGGAUAAUCAUCACGGCGCGGGAGCCGAAGAAUUGCGCCCCGGCGUGCAGUCUGAAGCAGCCGAAGAUCAUCAUAAAGCCGACGGCGAGUCUGCCGCGAAGCAGGGAUCAAAGAAAUAUACCGAAGGUGUCAGCCAUACCGUCGCCGGAACAGCAGAAUUGCCAGAACAGUGAGCGAGACAGGGCGCUGGAGCAGAGGGAGAAGCCGUCCCUGAGGGAGAAGCCGAGGGUUACGAGGAUCCCAUCGUUCUCACGCAGAAAAGAGGAGCCGGGAAUUGAAAAGCCGUCGUACGCGGAAAAGACAGAAAUUGUGCAGAGAGUGGAGGCGACGUCCGGUAAAAUCACAAACGCACCGCCGACGUUCGACGUCAAGUCAGGCAUACCGACGCCGACGACGACGACGGCGGCGGCGGCGGCAACGUCGAAGAGCGAGAAGACCUCCAGCACGGACUCGUCGUCCGCCAGCAACGGGAAUUCCAGUGGCUCGAAUACCGGUACGAUCAAACGCAAGCCGACGUGCAAGAAGUAAUUGCCUCGUGUUAUUUACAUUGCGCCUUGUUUUGCAAAUGUAAAUGAAAUGCAGGUGUACCAUUCCGACCAAGUGUCGAUGCGAUCCUCUCAUAAUCCUCGAUUUUCCUCCACAAAGCAGUUGCAAGUAUUCAUUAUAACUGCAAUGAAAUUUAUAAAGAAAAAGACACGAUCUUUCGUUUAAAUAAUUUUUCACGUAAACUGCAAACGAAUUCUUAAACGAGGAAACAAUUUGGAACUUUUCUCAUUCAAAUGAUGCAGAAUUUAUAAUAGGAUUUUUUUUUAGAAUUAGUAUUAUUUAUUAUUAUGUUAAAAAUAUGGGCGUUGUGCAGUAACAUGUAUUAAACUGCAUUUUAACUAUUGCACUUCAUCUGUGUAGAAUUCUUCAUUUUAUUGUUAUUGUUAAUCGCUAUUUUUCCAUGACUAAUUAAAAUUAUACAAAAAUAGAGAUGUACGCAAAUAAUUGUGUAUCGUGUAAAUAAUAAUACUAUUAACGUUUAAGACGCUUUAAACAACGCGAUAAUAAUCAUUAAAAUUUAAGUCCGUAAAACAAAUUAUACGUUCACAAGACUGCUCCAGCGAGCGUUGUCGAUUCUUUGAACGACUUUACUUAAUAAGAUAUUAUACAAUUUAUUAGAUUGUACCACACACAUAAAAUUGCCAACAUUUAGUUAAAAGUGAACUGCGAUUAGUCACAAAUUUCCAUAAUGUAGAAGAAAGGCAUUGAUACCAUUGUACCAUUUUGCUUUCGACUUUGUAACAAUAUCGUGCUCCUGUACUUCUUUUAAUUAUCGAGUUGUUUUUAUUACUGUUUAUGUUUUUUUUAUGAAAGUAAACAAUGUAAUGUCUUUGAAA